GAGCGGUUUUUUCGCGACAGGAGCGAUCUCCUCUCCCCCUUUGUCAGGGAAUGCGGGGAACAAUGCUGAGCAGCCCGGGGCUGCUGCUUCUUCCCCUCGGCAGGCGGACUCCGAGCCGCAGCUGUCCUGUGCCCGCCUCCGGCAGCUCGCAGGCGCUGUCCCCGCCUGUCCCGGCACGGAGCUGGGCUGCAGCGGCUGCACAGCCCCAGGGGCCGCGGCUGCGGGCACCGGAGAGCUCCCGGAGGCCGCGCUUGUCUCCGCAGUGUGCCACCAGCGGGGGACUGAAGCUGUUCCCGAGGCCGAUCUCCGAAAGGCUUUUCCAGCACUCCUGAUGUCUCCGGAGCAAGGGGCUGUUUGUUCCCAGCAGAGAGAUGCCGGCUGUGAGCUGGAGGAGAAUGAAUUGUGCUCCCAUCAUGGAGCUGUGAAGGAGCUUCUGCAUCUCCAGGAGGGACCAGCAGCUGGGGUUCCACACUUGCCUGGGGUGCGAGAAGCCACUUGUCAUGAGCAGGGGGAUGCCACUUGUGAGUGUGCAGGAAAUGAAGAUGUGGAGAAUGGAUUGUGCAGCAGUGAUGGAAGUGUGAGGGAGCCCCUGCGUACCCAGGGCAGUAAUGUACACAGAAGGAUCCUCAGAAGAUUCCCAGGCAAGCGGUUCAGGUGCCGUGCCGUGCCCGUGUUGGUGCUGGUUGUGCUCGUGUUGCUGGUGCUGGCUUUGGCGGUGGCCUUGGCUGUGCAGUCAGCCCCACAGCUUCCAGUCACACCUGCGACUCCGCUCUUGGUUCUGGCCUGUCCCUCUGGCUGGGUUGGCUACAAUGGGAUCUGCUACUACUUCUCCAGGGAUUCCAGCACCUGGGAGCAGGGUCAGGAACGGUGCUCCGAGCUGGGGGCCUCCCUGGCCAUUGUCAAGGAUGAGGACGUGGGUUUGCUCUUCCGCCUCCGCGGGAACGUCGAUUACUGGCUCGGGCUGCGCAGACGGGGCCAGCGCCUGCACUGGGGGGACGGCAGCAACUUCAGCUCCUGGGUUCCUGUCCUUGGCGAUUCUGAGUGUGUGUACCUGGCUGACAAUAAAUUCCGGAGUGAGGGCUGCUCCAAUGAGCGGCCGUACCUGUGCAGCAAGGCCCAAGCUCCCCUGUGACAGGGGCUGCAGAAAGGACCUUCUCCACGCUGGCCAGUCCCAGCUUCACCUCUUAGCCCAGCACAGGACUGGCUAUGGAUGCUGACCAUUUGUGUGAGUUUAGGUUUCAGGCUCUGCCAGGCUCUGUGUAAAAGACAGGCGAGCAACUUUCUCAUUCUGGGCUGGGAAAAUCUUAUGGAGGAAACCAAAACAAUCCUUGCAUUUCCCCCGCUGUCUGUGCGCUCCCGCGGCGCUGCGGGCGCUGGUUCCCCCCGUGUGCGGUGGCAGCAGAGGUGGGGCACAGGCGCUGCCUCUCCUUUCCCUCCCCCGCCCCACUCCGCCACUUUUCUUUCCCCUCCCGCGCCAAACUCGGCAGAGCAGCCUCGGGACAGCUUGUGAGGCUGUGGGAGGUGCUUGUUUGGAAUUUCAGGUGGAGCUUUUUUACCGGGAAAUGGGGCCUGGUUUGCCCCAUCUCCCGCAGCCCCGCGGAGCUGUGGCCGUGCGGGGCGGCCCUGGGGCCCUGCAGCCGCUGCUGCAGACACGGCAGGGCCGAGCAGCGGCCGCUGCGGCGGGAGGAAGCUUUUCUUUUCAGAGGGAUGGUUUGGGUUUUGUUUGGGAUUUUCCCUCCCACCCUCCCUCAAAAGUUUUCUUCUUAAGGCAUCUCCAGUGAAUAGAAUUGGAGCUUUAAAUGCCUGUUUGUAAUAGAACAAAAAUGAAAAGAAAAACAAAUAAGCAGCCUGCGUUAAAAAUUUUGCAGAUAACAUAAGAAUUAUUGAUAAUUCUAUAUUAUAACUCUCAGGUAUUAUUUUUAAGUGUUAUCUCAGCUUUUUAAGAUAUUUGUUAAUAUUAUAUUGAUUAUAUCCUGUGAAUUCACGUAUAUGAUAGGGUUAUAUGAUAAGCCUCUAGACCUCUUCCUCUCAUGUGUGUUGUUUGUUUAUGUGCCUGUGGUACACAGGUCACUCAAGGAUUUUUUCCUUGUAUUUAGCUAUUCAGGUUAGUUUUUUAAUUUUGAGAUUUCUUAAUAUUUUCAGAUUUCUGGAAGAGGUUAUCUGAGUUUGAAAAAAUUCCUCUUCUGUCGAUGUGGAAUCCCCCUUUUCUAGGAGGAUGAAAUCCUCUCUUACUCUCCUUGUGUUAACCCCUCCUUUGACCCAAACCCUAAAACUCUUCCCCUUCAACACCCUAGAAAACCACACAACGUGGCCCCUGUGAUUUCUCCGUUUUUCUGCCCUUUCCAUUCCCCCGUCUGUUCUUCCCCCAACACCUUCCUCACCCUCCCUGGUCCAGGGGGGAAAUAAAAAUGGAUCCUCGUGCUUAACCAAAGAGAGACUUGUCUCCUCAGUUUCCUGCUGGUGCCUGUAUCUCUGGACACGAUGGUCACUGCUGCUUUGCCAUGCAACACCUGCCCUUUCCAGGAUUUACCCAGCAGCUGUAAAUUGACUCUCACAGUGUCCCUUUGCAGGGAGAAAUGAGCCAGACAGGCCCUGAGGGUUCCCUUGCUCCAUGGCCAAAGUUCCUCUGGAGGGUGGCAGGGAGCAUUUCCUGCAGGUGAGCGUUGCCAGGCCAAAAUGAUGGUGGCUGCUGAGGCUGGGGCUGCUUUUGUGGCCCAGAGGCCUCGGUGUCUCCUGCUCAGUGCCAGCAGUGUUCCCUGGUGUUUCUGUGUGUCCCAGCUGGCUGGGAAGGUGGGCUGGGAGGGGGCCAGAAGGCCCCACAAGGCCACCAGCCCCUCUUGUCCUUGGGCCGUGCAGGGAGGAGCUGUGGCUGCAGUGUCCUGCCCGUGGCACGCAGUGUGCCAGGCACACGUCCCAGGGACGGGCACUGGGGGCUCAGACAGCGCUGGCACAGACACGGCUGAAGGGCUGCCCGCAGCUCCUGGGCCAGGGCUGCUCUCAGCAGGCACCUGGAGAUGCUUCAGCCCGGACAGAGGCCACCACCAGCCCAAAAGCAGCCCAAGGAACAGCUGGCACUGCCUGGCCAUGGCAGCUCGGGCUGUUUGCAGAGGGGCUCAGACAGCAAUUCCCGCUUCCCACCUCCCACAGCUCCCCCACAGCUGCCACGUGUGUCCUGGCCACCCCAAAUCCCCUCCCUUCCAGCCUGAGGGCAUCAUCCAUCAGCAGCAGAAAAGCCAAGGCCAUCUUCCCUCACAGAAAUAAAAUCCCGAGCAAUAGCCCUUGGAGAGGCCUGAAAAUCAAAGGUUCAGGUGGGAUGAAGUUUGUUUGGGUGAAGUUUGGAGUUUUUCAGGGAGCCCGCUGGAAGUGCAGAAGUGAUGGGAAGCUUUUGCAGGUGGGUCCCCCUGGAGGUGUGCUGAAGGCAGGGAUGUGCAUCCCUUUGCUGAGGGAAAAGAACUUGCAGAGGCCACUGCGGAGGCUGUGAAAGGAGCUGAGCUUCUGCAGGGAGAGCUGUCCUCCUGUGGGCACAGGAGCUGCCUCAGCAGGGGCGGGGAGCACCUCUGGCCACCGCCUGCUCCUGCUUUGAAAUCUCAAAGGGAGCCCGAGCUCGAGGGGUGAAAUCAGCUGAAUUCCAGGCACCUCUGUCAAGUGAGCCCAGGGACAUGGGUGGGGCUGGGGGUGAGGGUUCGAAAGAGCAAAAUCUUUGAAAUAUGAACCUGUCCUUGUCCCGAUGCUGCUGAGCUUCCGUGGAAGCUCUGCCGGUUCCUGACACAGCUGGCAUUCCAGCGGCAGCUCUGCAUGGGAAUAUCCACGCUCCGAGCCUUUCCCCAAGGGUCAGAGAAUAUCAAUGGCAGGGAGUGAAGGAGCCUUGUACAGGGGUUGUUUAGAAAUGGAGGGUGUUAAACCAGGGUCCUUUCAAAGCCAUUGAAAAGCCAUUCCAGUGAAAUUCAGGCACUGGAAUUCCUUUGGGAAAUGUCCAUUUAUGGCAGAUCCACCCUGCCAGAAGCUGUUUAUCUGAUGGUCAGUACAUGCUGGGAUCAGUGCAUGGCCAUCCCCUCAAGAAAUGCAUGAGCCAAACCCAGCACCCAGAGGCAAAGAGAGGAGUUGAGCUUCGAGAGCUGCACAGAUGAAAUCCCAGGGAUGUGCCUGGAGCAUGGCCCUCCCCAGCAGCUUUUCUUACAGUUCCAUUUUAAAAAAGGUCAAAGCUGGUGCUCAGUGCUUUGGGAUGUGGCUGUAACUGCGGAGGAGAUGAGCUCCCUUAGUGGAAGUCAGGCAGUGGAAUGCCACGGGCCUGCAGCCAGAUAGCUGAAGGAGAAGCAUAAAGUCAAUGUUCUUUGAUUAAUUUUUUUUUUUUUUUAAGUAUUCUUAGAGGUGCUACAAGUGAAAGGAGAGAACAGAAAGAGUGAAUCAUAAUUUUUAAGAUUUAAGAUUUUAGCCAAGGUUUACAAGCAAAUCAUACUGGUCAGGAUGUAAAUUAGAUAAGCAAAUGACAGGUUAAUGAUUAUUAGCUGCUUAAGCUAGAACUAAUGGUUUUGUUGUUUGCCAUUAUGAGCUUGUUUCUAGAAGGGAGUGGAGUAAGAGAACGGUUCUAAGAGCAGAUUGAAACCAGCAGAGCAAUGGCAGCACCUGCAGUUUCCAUCGAUCAGUCACAAAGCAGGGGACCUUGGAUCCUGCCAGAGGGUCACAGAGACCUGAGGAAGACUCUCCUGACUUCAUCCUUGCAGAUCACUGACCCAAUUCCACACCACAAACCCAAUUUAAGAGAAGAAUUUGCAUGCGUGAAGGACUAAUAGCCUCAUUUUAAUACGGAACAGGGAUGGGAGGUGCUGGGGUUAUGCAUAUGCAUUGUAUGUAAGAUCUCGGGAAAUAAAUGGAGGGCAAAGCACCUUGUCUGGGUUGGUCACGUCUUUUGGAGACGACUCCGUGCCGCCCUCUGGUGCAUAAAUGUACGACUGUCUAACUUGAACUAGUUAGAGAGUCUUUGUCGUGAUCUUCGGUUUUAACGACGCAACAGACUGGAGCAGCACUGGUACAGGAAUUGAUAUUUGACUCUUCCUCUUUUCUUUUAAAAAUAGAGGUAAAUAACUUGAAGUUUUCAAGUCUGUCGUUUUACAAACAGACAUUUUCUUUCUUUGGGAGGGAUAUGCAAGUCCUGAGACCCUGGGCCAAUGCUCACUGCAUUUUAUUUAUAUAUUUACAAUUAAACAAGGGACUGAUAAGAUUGACAAGGAAGAGACAACUCAGGAGCUCGCUAGGCUGCAGCCUCCAAACUCUUUGGGUGAUGCAAAGAGCAGUUGGGUAUGAAGACUGUUUUCCAGUGAGAGACUAAUCCAUAAUAACAUGCUCACGGACAGAAAAGUCACUUCUGAUGAGCCACUUGUUCUUUCCUGAAGUGCAGGAGCUGCAGUGUUUGACAAAGCCUGGGCAGAAGGAUGAAGAAUAUUCCUGUCAGAUUUCUCCUUCUCUUUGUAUGAAUGAGCAUAGUUUGUGCUAUAUUGUAACAAUAUACACUUAAUAUUACUAAAUAUCAAUAGGUUAGAUAAAAUUGUAAGUGUAUACAUAAUCAAUAUUAGAAACACUAGUGAAACUAACUAUAGAUAAAGGCAUAGUGUUAGAAAUUUUUCUUGGCAAAAUACUAUGAGAACAGGACAUGAGACCAAGGACAGUUAGAGGGAAGUGUCUUUGAAGAUGCUUAAAAGGGGAUUGACAAGAGUCCAGGAACAUUGAGAUAAGCCCAAAUGUCCAGAUGUUAAUUUCUUUUUUUUGUUAUAAUGGUACUUAACUAUUUAGGCACACACAUAUGACUAGCAAGGUCAUACAAGGGACAUACAAGGAAGAGGAGUAGCCUUCAUCACCUGCGACCACCGCAAGGAGUCGAAGACCCUCAAAAACAACUGGAGCAUGAGCGAUGAAGGAAGUGACGCAAACUUUAAGAAUCGAAAUUGGGAGGAAACAAUCAAAGAGGGGAGGAGAUAAGGGUGUUAGUAAAACUAUAAAAAUAAAGGUAGAACUAAAUUUAGAUGGGACAUGCUACAGGAGACUCGGCCCUGUGCGGUACCCCGGCCGUAAGUUUUUGCUUUGUGUAUUUUGAACAUAUAUAUACAUUGUUAAAUUACUUUUAUUGAGAAUGAAAUGCAUUUAACUUGGAUGUGUCCUAAAUUACUUUUAUGGAGAAUGAAAUGCAUUUAAUCUGGAUGUAUGAUUUUCUUAAUUAUAUUAAUUACAAUUAAAAUUAUUA